UCCUCGCCAGUGACGUUGAAAGUAAAAAUAUAAAGAGGGUGUGACGUCAUUAUUUCUGCAAUGUUAAUGAAUAAAAAUAUUUUUAUUUCGAUUUUGCUUGUUUCAGGUUCCAAGCUCAUCCUAAGAAGCAUUAGCGGUGAGUUCAAAUCAGGCCAGUUGAAUGCCAUCCUGGGUCCAUCAGGGGCUGGGAAGAGCACGUUACUCAAUAUUCUUGCCGGUUACAAGUACAUCAUGCAAGAAGACCUCAUUCAACCAAUGUUAACAGUAGCGGAAUGUAUGAUGGUUGCAGCAGAUUUAAAACUAGGAAAGUUACUAAAGAAAUCGGAUAAAGUAAAAGCGGUAAGUGUUCUAAAACAGAAAUCAGUUCAAUUUGAUCAAUUUGAAACGUUUAUAUAG